ACAUUUCCUACAGUCCAUGAAGUAGUCAUGACGCGUUUAGAAGCAGGGGGCGUGGCCAUGUAAACGAGGACUCGUGGUGGGCUGAAUAGAUGCUCCAGCUCCUGAGCGGCGGGACACUUGCUGUGGAGAAAAGAGCCGGAGCGGGCAGACAAAACACGUUCACCCGACCCACAUCGCUCCAGCAUGGCUUCAAAGUGUCCCAAGUGCGAGAAGACGGUUUAUUUCGCUGAGAAGGUGUCGUCGCUGGGCAAGGACUGGCACAAGCUGUGUCUUAAAUGUGACCGCUGUAACAAGCUUCUGAACGCCGGAGGCCACGCUGAGCACGAUGGACGGCCCUACUGCCACAAACCAUGCUAUGCUGCCCUCUUUGGGCCAAAAGGUGUCAACAUUGGCGGAGCAGGAUCGUAUGUGUAUGACGCUCCAGCCAACAACAACGCGUCUCCCACUAGUGUGGAUUCAGCCUCAAAAGCUGAAGAGAAGCGUGUGUUCGCACCCAAAGCUCCUUCAAAAGCUGGCAGCAUCACCACUUUCUCCGGCGAGGCCAACCUGUGUCCCCGAUGCAACAAGAAGGUGUAUUUUGCUGAGAAGGUGACGUCUCUGGGAAAGGACUGGCACCGACCCUGUCUGCGCUGUGAGAGAUGUGGUAAAACUCUGUCUGCUGGCGGCCAUGCAGAGCAUGACGGCCAGCCUUACUGCCACAAACCCUGCUACGCCGUUCUCUUUGGGCCCAAAGGCGUCAACACCGGUGGUGUGGGCAGCUACGUCUAUGACAAGGAGCCCAGUGCCGUGACCCAGCCUUGAACCUCUCCCCCCUCAGCCUCACCCAUUCUUCUCUACACUACACUGACCGUCUACCACAGUAUUUUCUGUAGCCUUUAUUUGUACUUCUCCUCCCCUCCACUUGUACAUUCACACCUGAGAAGGCAUCCAUCUGCCGUGGAUCCUCCCCCAAGUCCUCUCCUUUGCUCUGGAUCACAUAAAGCAGCAUGAGGAGUAGCAGACUGGUACAUCCUUCCACUAAAGGGGCACAAACACAUCCAGCAUUCCCACAUUUAUGCUUUCUUCCCAAAUUUACUCCACAAAUUUUACAGAAGAACACAGAAAAGUCAAAAAUUUCAAAAUUCCACACAAGUGUAUUCAUGGGACAUGAUUCAAACUAAAAAUGAUAGAAAGGUGCAUUGUGGGUAGAUUGAUGACAACAAGCAGAGAAAUCCAACCUUGAAGGCUGCUGCAUGCACAGAUGGUGCCCAGGAGUGGAGCACGUUGCCAAUAAAUCUGCAUUUUACUAAUGUCAUAUUUGUACUUUGGCUGCAUAACAACAUUCCUGCUGUGAAAAAAAUCCAAAAAUAUUGUAAAAAGGUGCAUUUCUGAUGUUAUUUUCAACACGUCCUGAAAUGUUCUUUUUACCGUUUUAUUUUAAUUUUAUUUUUUUUAUCCGAAUCUGAAGGAACUAAAAUGUGAUUGUGAGCGUUUCCGCCAAUCUGUUCCAUAUAAAGUAUUUUACAGGUAGAAUGUUGAGGAAGUUUCUGGAACAUAUUUAUUUCUUUAACUGAAGUUUUUUUUUUGUAGAUGAUUGAGAAUAUUAAAGCAAUAAAAUGUCAGCUGUAUAAAUCUCUGAACAAGAUUUUUAUAAUAAAAUUCAAAACCCUGCUGUUCUUCUCCAACAGAUGAUGCUCUGCUUGAAGUAUUGUGUAUUUUUUUGCUAUUUGCAAAUGCAUUAGAUUAGCUUGUAGAACUAAAGACAAGUCAUUCUGUAAGAAUGUGCAUUCUAGUAUUAUUGUUCGAUUGCCACUGUGUUUAUUACUUGAUGUCCAUCGUCACUGCAGGGCUCGUUUGAUUCGUACCACAGCACCCCUGCUGCUCGUUUCUUAGAUUUCAAGAGUGAAUGUUUCAGAAACUCUUCAUCUGUGUUACUAAAGUCAAUGUUGGACUCCUUUUUCUUUUCAGAAACUGCAAUAAAUGAACAGUAAACGUG